CCCUCCUCCGGUCCGCCCCGAGACUUUUGGCAGGAGCCCCCCCACCAUCCCGUCACCGAUCACGGCUUGUUCUUCCCCCUCCAAGAUGGAGGCCUUAGGGGGCUACCCUGCCAAGUCCUCCAACCCGAAAGCUAAAAAGUUAACGGUGCUGUUGAGCAUGACAGUCGGUGUGGGGUGUUUAUUCCUCCUGCAGACCCAGCUGGUGAAGCCGAGGAAACCCGAGGAUUUUUAUUCUUUCGAGGUCAAAGACGCGAAGGGGAGGUCGGUCUCCUUGGAGAAGUACCGAGGAAAAGCGUCUUUGGUUGUAAACGUGGCGAGUCACAGCGAGCAGACAGAGGCGAACUACAAGUCUCUGCAGGAGCUCCACAGGGAGCUGGGCACCUCUCACUUUAACGUCCUGGCCUUCCCCUGCGGCCAGUUUGGGGACACCGAGACCGGGACCAGCCGGGACAUCGAGGCUUUCGCAAAGUCCACCUACGGUGUUACUUUCCCCUUCUUCAGCAGGAUCAAAAUAAUGGGCUCAGAGGCGGACCCGGCCUUCAAGUUCCUCACAGAUUCUGUGAAGAAAAUCCCAAAGUGGAACUUCUGGAAGUUUCUGGUGGAUCCAGACGGGAAGGUGAUCCGGUUCUGGCGAGCCGACGAGCCCAUGGAAAGCGUUCGUCAAGAGGCCACGGCGCUGGUGCGAGAAAUCAUCCUCAAGAAACGGGUGGAGCUAUGAUGGAGCUUAUUGACAGAUACCGGACAUGCCGCUGUGUUAUGUCUGUGCUGCCCGACAGCCGGGAAUAACCAGUGAUCGGUGACCAGUGGUGGACUGUGAACUGUGGUUGGGCGACGUCUCGCUCCAGACAAGAUGUGUUUGUAUUUGUCUGUUUGUGUGUGUGUAAUUGGGACCAUCCUGUGGUUAAUAAUGACAAUGAUGAUGAACAUUCCUUAUAAUGACCACUGCUGCGGCCGAAGGAUUGUUUGAAGUGUUGGAUUUUCACACGUUCAGUUUGGCGUAGUCUGUACUUUGUCUGUACUCUGCAUUGUUUACAUUAAAAUCCAUUUCUUGAGGUGAAGCACAAGAUUUUAGGCCAUGUUGACUGAUUGGAGCCCAGCAAAUUUUGAAACAUCCAUCCAU